GCCCGACAAUAUGGCGCAAUCGAUGGAGAGGAUACCCCCGAAGCUGUCCACCACCGACAGGAUUAUCAAAGCUGUUCCUUUCCCACCAGCCCAUCGUUUGAGGAUGAAGGAGGUUUACCAGGAGGGGAAGCCAAAGUUGGAAACGUUGAAGAGCCAUUUUGUGAAGGAGGGGAGGUUGGAAGAGGAGGUUGCUAUUCAAAUAAUCGACGACGGUGCCAUGUUCUUUCGCAGAGAGAAAACACUCGUGGAAUUGGACGCUCCAGUCACAGUGUGUGGUGACAUUCACGGUCAGUUCUUCGACCUGAUGAAGCUGUUUGAAGUGGGGGGUACGCCCGAACACACCCAGUAUCUCUUCCUGGGAGACUACGUGGAUAGAGGCUAUUUCAGCAUAGAGUGCGUCCUCUAUCUGUGGACCAUGAAGAUUCAUUUCCCAAAUUCACUUUACCUGCUGCGGGGAAACCACGAGUGCAGACACCUGACGGAAUAUUUCACCUUUAAACAGGAAUGUAGAAUCAAAUAUUCGGACAGAUUAUACGAGGCGUGUAUGAAUGCGUUCGACUGUCUUCCUCUGGCUGCGCUCGUAAACCUCCAGUUCCUCUGCCUUCACGGGGGGCUCUCGCCAGACGUUAACGACUUAGACGAUAUUAGGAGAUUAGACCGAUUUAAAGAGCCCCCACCCUUUGGACCCAUGUGUGACUUGCUCUGGUCGGACCCCAAUGAAGACUACGGCACUGAAAAGACCUCCGAACACUUCACUCAAAACACCGUCCGAGGCUGCUCCUACUUUUUUAGUUAUUCUGCAGUUUGUGAAUUUUUACAAAACAAUAACUUAUUAUCAGUCAUCCGAGCGCAUGAAGCCCAGGAUGCUGGGUACAGAAUGUACAGGAAAAGUCAAACGACCGGGUUCCCGUCACUAAUAACCAUAUUCUCAGCACCAAAUUAUCUAGAUGUUUAUAAUAAUAAAGCUGCUGUAUUGAAGUAUGAAAAUAACGUAAUGAAUAUUAGGCAGUUCAACUGUUCCCCACAUCCCUACUGGCUACCCAACUUCAUGGAUGUCUUCACAUGGUCGUUGCCCUUUGUUGGUGAGAAAGUUACGGAGAUGCUCGUCAACGUCCUAAACAUCUGCUCAGAUGAUGAGCUGGAAGAUGAGGUCCUGGAUGGUGCCCAGAAUGCUCGCAAGGAGGUGAUCAAGAACAAAAUCCGUGCGAUUGGCAAGAUGGCGCGAGCUUUCUCAGUUCUGCGAGAGGAGAGCGAGAGCGUCCUGGCGCUGAAGGGGCUAACUCCGUCCGGUCAGCUGCCCUUCGGCGUGCUGCAAGGGGGCCGCCAGACCCUGGAGACGGCUGCGAUUGAGGCAAAAGAGUCCUCGGAAGCCAUCAAGGGAUACACGGCUCAGUACAAAAUCAAAAGCUUCGCAGAGGCCAAGGGCUUGGACAGAAUCAACGAACGGAUGCCUCCGCGUCGGACCACGGCGCCAACGGGCGACCUGCUGAACUCACAGACUACCGUGCAAGUCAAGAUCACGAAAAGCUCAGAUGAUUCUGGAAAGUAGUCGCCCUCCCACCCGCCCAUCCGUCCCAUUCCGUUUCCCAACCCAACAGCCGUCCGUCCGUCCCCCUUAACUCCGUCCCGCCAGGUUCUAUUUAUUUAUUAAUGUAACUGCUUACGAGAUGGGAGCGAUUU